AUGGGAACUCAAGAGCAGUGUGGAUCUUCUGCCAAAACUCCUAAUUCUGGGACUAUACCAGGAAACUUGUACAGGUCCCAUUCUGUUCCUACUGAAAUCCAAGCUGCUACAUGUGCACCUGGGGGCAGCCUUCCCAGGAGAUCCGUGUUCUUAAUCCCCGUGUCUGGGAGGCUUCUCCAGGGGGUUAAUCAAGUGAAAACCUUCCUCCUUUUUACUGCAAUAUGUAUAGCUGUGGGUGUUGCACAACUACCUGAACAAGCGAUAGACAUCCUUCACCAGCUGGGCCUCACGAAAGAUGCUCGACCGCCGGCGGAGCGGGCAGCGCCCUCGACACCGUGUCCGCUGCCGCAGGGUGUGCGCCUGGCCGCGCCGGGAGUGGUGCUGACUGGGGAGGCCCACAUCGAGGCGCCCCUCGCCCAAGUGGUACCCGUGCCUCUGGGGCGGCACUUCACCCUGGUGCUUGGGUUGUACUCCUACAGCAUAAAUAAUGCUUUUCUUUUCAGUAUUAGGAGCAAAAAUAGACUGCAGUUUGGUGUCCAGUUGCUGCCAAGGAAAGUAGCGGUGCACACGGGAGGGAAGCAGCCUGUGUAUUUUGACUACAGCGUUCAUAAUGAGCGGUGGCAUUCGUUUGCCAUCGGCGUCAGGGACAAGGCUGUCUCCAUGUUUGCCGAGUGUGGAAGGAAAUACUACAGUAAGGAGGCGCUCUCGGAAGUGCAGGCGUUUGACCUGGAUGGUUUGUUUACCCUGGGAAGGAUGAAUUCUCGCUCCAUCAGCUUCCAAGGAGUUAUAUGUCAGCUUGAUAUCAUUCCCUCUGCAGCAGCCUCUGCAAACUAUUGUAAAUAUGUGAGGCAGCAGUGUCGCCAGGCAGAAACCUAUCGAUCUCUGCCAGGAGCUCAACAUGCAUCCAAUGGGCUGGAUAUGCUUUUGAGGAAGAAGAAUGAUGAGAAAAAAAUGUCUGAAGGUAAAAGGAAAGAAACAUCAAAUGCUCCUGUUACGGAUGUUGCUCGGAUUCACUCUCUGUCGGAGUACUUGGAGUCAAGAAAUGUGUCUGCAACACGGUUUGGGGCAGCCAAACCUUUGCUACUGGAAACUUGGCCUGAAUUGGAGCUGCAGGAGAGCAUCAGUCCACCUCUGCUGCACCAGGAGCUUAGCAAAGACCAAAACAUCCACCCAAAAAAGACAGUGUUGUAUCCAAAUACUUCAGUUAAUACCGUGGAAAACACAGGCCGAAAAAGUGAGCCUCCUCUGACCUCCCUUGUAAAACCCAACAAAGGAAUGGGAAAGGGUCAAGCAAAGCAGCAUUUAGGUAAACUGACUGAAAAGCAGCAAGUCGUAAAUACAACCCUCUCCAGCGCUACUGCUGACCCGUUGUGGGGUCAUCAGCUCGGUCCCUGGGAGGAAGAAGGUGCCUUUGGUGCUGAGGAGACUUAUCCCACUGAAAUCAGUUAUGAAAUUGAUAUUGCUAAUUAUGCUUAUGACUAUGAAGAUCUUGGCAAAAUGUUUGAAAUGGGAAAUAUCAGAGGUCCAAAGGGGGAAACUGGACCUCCUGGUCCUCCAGGUCCUCCAGGUUUACCUGGUCCGUCAGGAAAGAGAGGUCCACGGGGUAUUCCAGGACCACAUGGUAAUCCAGGUUUGCCAGGAUUGCCAGGUCCAAAGGGUCCUAAAGGAGAUCCAGGAUCCUCCCCAGGAAAAGCCAAACGUGGAGAAAAGGGGGAUCCAGGCCCAGCAGGCUUUCCAGGCCCACCUGGGAUCAAAGGCCAGAAGGGUGUCAAGGGUUAUCUGGGACUGCGAGGGCCACAGGGCGAGCCGGGAAUUCCAGGAAUGGCUGGCAGUACUGGAGCAGUUGGUUACCCUGGCAGGCAGGGUUUAGCGGGCCCAGAAGGUAACCCAGGUCCUAAAGGUGUAAGAGGAUUCAUUGGACCUCCAGGCAUGGCAGGACAACCUGGACCUGAAGGAGAAAGGGGCAUUCCAGGUCUGCAUGGCAAAAGAGGCCCUAAAGGGAGACAGGGUUUUCCAGGUGACUUUGGGAACAGAGGACCACCUGGUCCAGAUGGGAAUCCUGGAAUUGUUGGCGGUGUUGGACCUCCUGGGUUUCCAGGACUAAGAGGAGGUGCUGGGCCAGCGGGACCAGGCGGACCAGCAGGAAUUCCAGGGCCCAUGGGUCUUCCAGGGAGUGCAGGACAGCCUGGAAUGAAAGGUGAUAAGGGUGAACAUGGCCUUGCAGGAGAACCAGGAGACCAGGGGUACCCAGGAGACAAGGGUGCUGUUGGCUUACCAGGACCACCAGGGAUCAGAGGAAAGCCAGGACCUCCUGGAAAAAUUGGAGAUCCUGGAUCACAGGGACCAUUGGGUCCUCCAGGUCCUGAGGGUUUUCCAGGAGAUAUUGGUGUGCCCGGAGCAAAUGGCCCUGAAGGUCCAAAGGGACUUCUUGGUGACCGAGGGCCUCCAGGGCCAGCAGGCCCCAAAGGACUGGAGGGAGAAGUAGGACCAGUUGGACCUAUUGGAGGAAUUGGACCAAGAGGAAGGCCGGGGCGGAAAGGUUAUGUGGGUGACCCUGGACCAGAAGGAUUAAAGGGAGAACAAGGAGACCAAGGAAACCUUGGAAAAACUGGUGAAGCAGGAUCAGCUGGGUUACCUGGAGAAACUGGUCCAUCCGGAAGCCUUGGUGAAAAGGGAGAGCGAGGCAGUCCAGGACCAAUAGGUCCUCCUGGAGAGAAAGGUGCCACGGGGUAUCCAGGACCUCCAGGAAGCCCUGGACCUGUGGGACCAGAAGGAUUACCUGGACCCUCCGGGCCAGCAGGACCACCUGGACCACAGGGACCUAAGGGAAGAAGAGGGCCAAGAGGUCCAGAUGGUCCUUCAGGAGAAGUAGGGACACAAGGCGUUAAGGGAGAAAGAGGAGAUCCAGGAAAGAAAGGACUCCCUGGCCUCAUUGGUAAGGCUGGAAAUCCAGGAGAAAGAGGAGAUCAAGGAGUACCAGGUCUGCCUGGGCCUCCUGGAACCACAGGAGACAGGGGACCAAUGGGAGAGCCAGGUCCAAGAGGACAACCAGGAGAUGCUGGCCCUGCUGGGGAAAUGGGUUUUGAGGGACCUCCUGGCCCUGUGGGAGAACCUGGUUUACAAGGAGAACCAGGUGCAAAGGGGGAUACUGGAGUUGCUGGAAAGGCUGGAGAGCCAGGUGAUCAAGGUUUAAGGGGUGAACCAGGACCUCCAGGAGAAGAUGGUGUCCAAGGAAAAGAUGGCCCAAAGGGAGACCCUGGAGACCAAGGACUUGCUGGAGAAGGUGGUGAAAAAGGAGACAUUGGAAUACCAGGAAUUAUAGGUCUGCCUGGUGAGCCUGGCAUAAUGGGCAUCCCUGGUCCUGAAGGAAUACCAGGAAACCCAGGUCAGAGAGGUCGCCUAGGGAAGAAGGGGGAAAAGGGACAGCUUGGCCCCCCUGGAGAAGUUGGACCGGCUGGUGAUGUUGGCCAACCUGGAGAAACUGGUCCUAAAGGUGCAAGAGGAACUCGAGGUCCUUUGGGACAUCUAGGAGUWAUGGGACCUGAAGGAGAGCCAGGGAUUCCAGGUUAUGGGGGUCACCAGGGUCCUCCAGGGUCUCCAGGAUCCCCAGGACCUAAAGGAGAGAAAGGUUACCCAGGCGAAGACAGUACAGUUCUUGGACCACCUGGGCCCAUAGGUGAACCAGGUCCUAGUGGUGAACGUGGAGAUAGGGGAGAGCCUGGUGAUGAGGGCUACAAGGGUCAYAUAGGUCUUCCAGGGCUUAGAGGACCAAUUGGACAGCAAGGGCCUCCAGGAGAGCCAGGUGAAAUGGGGGAACAAGGACCAAAAGGAGAAAGAGGUUCAAAAGGACCCACAGGGAAGAAAGGCGCUAUGGGUGAAGCAGGCAAACCUGGAAUUCCUGGAAAACCAGGGCCAAUAGGGCAAAAAGGAGCAAUUGGGUACCCUGGACCAGAAGGCGUUCCUGGGAACCCUGGAAAACCUGGGCUGCCAGGGAAACCUGGCCACAAGGGUAAUAAAGGAAACCCAGGAAUAACUGGUCUGGCAGGUUAUCCUGGAGCUCGAGGUCCCAAGGGAUUACCAGGCAUGCCAGGGGCCAUGGGAGCACCAGGACUAAAGGGUGAGAAAGGGCUUCAGGGUCACCCAGGGAAACGAGGCAAAAGGGGUCUUCCAGGAUCACAAGGUGACCAGGGGCCAGCAGGCGACACUGGACUGAAAGGACAGGCUGGAGAACAUGGAGAUCAAGGUUUGAUGGGGUUUCAAGGAUUCCCAGGCCCGAAAGGUCCUGCAGGUGACAGUGGCUUUGUUGGAAUUCUGGGGCCGAAAGGUCCAACAGGCCAAGUCGGAUACAUUGGCCCUGUUGGUCGAGAAGGUGUAACAGGUCCAACUGGCAGGCCUGGACCCAGGGGUGAAAAGGGCAUACAGGGUGAAAUUGGCCCUCAGGGACCUCGGGGCCAGCCAGGGCCACCUGGCCCACCUGGACCAYCAGGACCAAGAAAACAAAUGGACAUCAACGCUGCUGUUCAAGCCUUGAUCCAGUCAAAUGCUGCACUGCAGAUGGAGAGAUACCAGAAUACUGAAGUAACUUUACUAGAUCACAGUACAGAGAUAUUCAAAACACUGCACUACCUUAGCAAUUUGCUGCACAGCAUCAAGAACCCCCUUGGCACUCGGGAUAAUCCAGCCCGCAUCUGCAGGGAUUUGCUUAACUGUGAACGUAAAGUGUCUGAUGGAAAAUACUGGAUUGACCCAAAUAUUGGAUGUCCUUCUGAUGCCAUUGAGGUCUUCUGCAACUUCACCGCAGGCGGUCAGACGUGUUUAUCACCCGUGUCUGUGACAAAGCUGGAGUUUGGCGUUGGAAAGGUGCAGAUGAACUUCCUUCAUUUACUGAGCUCCGAAGCGACCCACAGCAUCACAGUCCACUGUCUGAACACGCCCGUGUGGGGAUUGAAUGAGGCAGGUGGCCAGAAAACACCGAUUAGCUUCAAGGGAUGGAACGGUCAAAUGUUUAAAGCAAAUACGCGACUUGAACCAAAGGUGCUUAUGGACGAAUGCAUGAUCCAGGACGGCAGCUGGCACAAGACGCAGUUCUCUUUUCACGCUCAGGACACUUGUCARCUCCCGGUCGUCCAGGUUCACAUGUUCUCUCAUCUCAAACCAGGGCAACAGCACUUCGUAGAAAGCGGCGCAGUGUGCUUCCUUUAAGGCUCCCGUGCUGGUAUUUACAUCACCAUAGAGCU